AUGGACAAAGCCAAGCCAAAACAUCCCAUAGCCAACAAAGACUUCACCCAGUUCCCACCAUGGACCAUCAAGCCAAUUGCAGGCAUCAGCGGCAGCAGUAGUAGCGCGCAGGUUCACGUCCCCACCCGCGGCGAGCUGUACUGCCUCGACCACUUCCUCAGCACCCGCGUCCCGCAGUGGCACCACAGUGAAGUCAGCCGGCAGAUACACCUGUGCGGAGCCGCGGUUGACAAGCUGCACCGGGAGCGUGGCCGUGCCGCCAUGGCAAAGAACAAGGCCAAGCUUCCCGCCGUGCGCACGCAACCGAGGAGGGCUGUCAGGCAGAAGCGCGGGCUGGAGGAGUUGCUGGCCGAGAAGGGCAGGAGGCCGAACAAGAAGCUGCUUGAGGGGGACUACGUCCUCCCCAGGGUGGAGGUGGCUGAGGCGGUGUACACGACCAAGUAUCACGUCGAAGGAGUCAAGGAUGGCGGACGAGAAGAUGGGUUCCAGCUGGCUACGCUUGCGUUCGUAAAGCGCUUAGAGGGGGUCAUUGGGGAGAAGCAGAAAGAGCUUGUCGAAUCAGUCUCAGAUGGCACGCCAAGGUCUUGUGCCCUGGUCAGACUCGAAGCUCAAUGCCCUUGCUGCAGAACCUGCUCGACAACAGUCUCCUUACCCCCGAUCCAGCCUGAUGCACUCAUGAUGCCAACGCCGAGCUUGGGGAACUGGCCCGCGUACCUGGGACAAUCAUCACCCAGAGCGAGGAAGCUAAGCAGAAUGUUACUCAGCUCGAUUGUGGAGGAGAUUCAUGUAGGACCCACUGCGAAGAAGAUAGAGCAAGAAGAGCACGAACGUAAAGAAGAAGACGUGGAAGCCGCGAUAGUGUCAGUCGGGGGGCUGCGGUUUGCGGUUGACUUUUGCGCUGGGGAUAGGGUGAUAAUGCUGUGA